CUUAUCCCGCAUCCCAGAGAUGGAGUCACUAAUAGGAGUAAAACUUGGCUGCCUGUGUGCCCUGCUAGCUGUCACCCUUGUCUGUGGCCUUAGUCCCAUCUGCUCCAAAUGGUUCAAGAUUGACACAGCUACAGGUCGCCACCGCCGAGUCCUCAGCCUGCUGGGCUGUGCUUCUGCUGGUGUUUUCUUGGGAGCGGGUUUCAUGCAUAUAACUCCUGAAGCCCUGGAAGGAAUUGAAUCUGAGUUCCAGAAGUUCAUGGGGCAGAACAGAACAAGAAGCAAGGGAGACUCUUCUAAUGAUGCUGGCUCGGCCUUUGUGGAGUAUCCCUACGGAGAACUCAUCAUCUCCCUGGGCUUUUUCCUUGUCUUUCUUUUGGAGUCACUGGCAUUGCAGUGCUGUCCUGGGGCUUCUGGACAUUCAACAGUGCAGGAGGAGGAAUGCGGUGGGAAUCCUGUCUUUGAUUUCCACAGCCAUGAAUCUCUACGCCCACCUAAACAGAGUCCCUUUCGAGACUUUGUCCUCUUGCUUUCACUCUCCUUUCACUCAUUGUUUGAAGGGCUGGCUGUGGGGCUUCAGCCAACGAUAGCAGCCACCAUACAGCUCUGUCUUGCUGUCCUGGCUCAUAAGGGGCUCGUAGUGUUUGGUGUAGCGUUGCGGCUGAUAAAGAUAGGCACUGAAUCUCGGUGGGCCAUAUCCUCCAUACUGUCCUUAGCCUUCAUGUCCCCCUUGGGCCUAGCCCUAGGGGUGACCAUAGCUGCAGGGGACCCUGAAGGGUGGAAGGCCUUAGCUCAGGCCAUAUUAGAAGGUCUUGCAGCUGGCACUUUCCUGUAUGUGACAUUUCUAGAAAUUUUGCCCCGGGAGCUAAGUAGCUGUGAGGCCCCUCUGGCCAAGUGGGGCUGUGUGGCUGCUGGUUUUACCUUCAUGGCCUUUAUUGCCAUAUGGGCCUGAGAGAUUCCUGACUUUUCUGAUGGGUGGUCUACUUAGGAGGAACUCUCCCUACCCACGAGACACCUCCCAAGUGGCUUUGGCCCUCGGACAUUUUUGUACUAAGAUAAUGACAUUCAUUAGGCUCCAUGGACUGGACUCAAGAUUUACCUACAUGAGAUCCCGUUUCCUACUCAGACUGAGAAAAGAAUGCUGUUGAAAUGCCUGCUCACUGGAGAAUUAAUAUAAUGAGCAUCGCUCCAGAUUUGCUCUUGUCAGUUUAUGCUGCUGUGUGUAAUAAAGUGCCCACUUGCCCCACUCCCCUGCAGCCAUACUGUAUUUCAUUUCUCCCGGUUGCCUCGAAGCUGCCUGGUUUAGAAGGUGGUAAAAUAGGGAUGGGAAAGUUGAAUGCUGGACGAGAGUUGUCUUCUGGAAUCAGGGCCCCAAUCAGUUUUGUCAGUUCCAGGCCUUGCUCCCAGAUAAGAAAGCAUUACUGAAAUUCCAGCAUCUACCCCCCACCUUCCACACGGAAGCUGAAUAUAUGAAUCAGCACACCCAGCAAUUAAAGGGAAAUAGGUUUUAAAACAGAACCCAGGGAGGGCUGGGGAUUUAGCUCAGUGGCACUCAAGUGCAAGGUCUUGAGGUUGAUCCCCUGGUACCAAAAACAUAACAAAACAACAACAACCCAGGGAUCCGUAUUUUUCCUCCACCAGCUACUUCACCCCAUUCCCAGGACCUACUUUCUGCCACCCCCAGUGUGCCCAGCAGGCUAGAG